UUCACAGAUGGCUGCUGAGUGAGUGCUGAUGGGACGUUGAGACAUGAGGAUGUGUUGUGAAACUGGACGUUAAAAUUUGGAUGUUUGCACUUAAAGAGUAAAGAAUAGAAGCUAAACGAAUAGCAGCACUUAACUAAUAAAGUUUUCGUAAUAGAUUUGCAAUAACGAUUGAUCCAUCCAUAAUUCACAGUGAACAGAAGCGCCAACAACAUGGUUUUGAUAACCUUAGUUUUCCAGCCAGAAUAAUUAUAGAAGUGACAGAUCUGUAUUUUGAGAUUGGGAUAAGAUGUACACAAAGAGGAUAAUUAAUAAAGUCCCUGGAGAUUUACCAGCGGAAUCGAAGAAAGAAAAACAAGGAUACAUUGGAGAUUUGUCACAAAAGACUGUUCCACAACUUAAAGAUCUUCUAGAGAGGCAGGUUAAACUUCUAUCAAAUAAGGCCUUUAUCAGCAAAUUAGCAGACAAGGGUGAUAAGAUCACCAGACUGAAGGAGGCCAUCGACAAGGAGUUGAAGAAGCGUGACGAGAGUGAGCAACUGUCAGGCAUGUUGGCGACACUGUCAAUGACAGGCAAGGAGGACCUGGAUGCAUUGGAGUGGACAGGAAACUGCGCGCCAGGACACAGUAGUCGGGUUGAUGACACGGACAGUGACGAUGAUGACAAUCCCUUCAAAAUACUAGCGACGCACUCGGGAGCUGGUUUCCACAAGAAGAAACACAAAGUGAUAAAGCCUGAUGAGCCACUGAUCAAGGCGUCCGAUUUGGAAGUAGAAGAGUAUGCCAGACACCUGUGUGAGAAGAUGGACUCGGUGAAGCCUAUAGACCCCAAAACUAAGGCCAAAUUCCUGCCUUACAAGACCCUGAACCACUCGAGGCCCGAGAGUAAAGGGAAAGCAGAUGGAGGUAGAAAAUGGGAGGUUACAGCUGCCACCCCUCCCCCUCCCGUACAUGGUGAUGCCAAGCUUGUCAGUCUCCAGGACUCCAUAAGACUGCAGUGUGAACAACAACAGAAACUCAAGGAGAUUCAAAUGAAACACGCAGCUGAGAGGUUGGCUAACACUCAAGAGUACAGUGUGGGGCGAGUUCCGCUGAGUGUGGGCCACUACCGUGACCAUCUCCCUCCUCCCUCCCCUCCCAGCUCAGGGGAUGAACUGAGCGACCAAGAAGUCCAUGACGAAGAGUACCCAGACGGAGGAGGUGUCGUCAUUUACAAUCUUGUGGAUGAUGUCACACAAUGAUGACAACUUAAUCUGUAAUUAUGUACAUUCUGUAAAUAAUUUUAGAAUAAAUAUUUUUUCACUAUUA